AUGAAUUCUUGGCGUCAUUCUUUUUUUUUGUUUUUCCUCGGCUUCAUUCACUCGCUUUUGUGUUUAUCACUUCUUUCUUUUCCUCUUUUUUUCAUUAGUCGAUAUUUUAUCUUUUUACUCUUUCUCCUCCUUGUAAUAUUUCUUUCUUUCUUUCUUUGCUCUUUCUUUCUUUCUUUCUUUUUUCUUUCUUUCUUUUUUCUUUCCCUUAACAUUUCUGCCUUUCAAUUUCAAUGUCUUCUUUAUAAAAAAAAAACAACUUUAUGCCCAACGACCAUCACCACCAACCGUCUACCAUUUGCAGCUGUUGGGUCUUUGGUUCCUACUCCCACCUACUCGCUUCUUUGUUCUUUUGUCGAAUUUCGACACAGACUGAGCGAACUAGUACACAGCUCUCGUAUUGCUAAAGUCAACCGCGAACUCCCGAGAGUGUUUCGGCUGUGUUUUAAGGAUAUCAAUCCAAAUACGUUUAUAUUACGUCUCUCUCUUUACCUCUCUCUCUCUCUCUCUCUCUCUCUCUCUCUCUCUCUCUCUCUCUCUUGCAUUCUUCCCUGUUUGGAAUAG